UUGCCCUUCAUCAUCCUUAUCAUCAUCUUCUUCUUCUCCAUGUACUUUAACCUUAUUCUUGUUUUUCUUUUUCUUCUUCUUCUCUUGUUUUCUUUUUCUCUUCAUCUUCAUCUUCUGAUUUUCUUUUCUUCUCCCGCCAUUUUUGUUGAUGUUCACUUGUUCCCUCCAGCAACAGAUGGCAGAGUCGAUCCAAUCUCUUUCUUUUCCCUUAGAAUAUCAACCAAACUCCGCCCAUCGACUCACUCGCUCUCUCUUUUUCUCAUCUUCGCCUCUGAAUAUCUGGUUUCUCUCUGUGUGACUCUUUCUUUUUCACUUCUUUUCUCUUGAACGAAGUACAUUAUUUUUUUUCCUUCUCUCUAUUUUUUUGUCUGCCUGUUUUUCUUUUUUUUUGAAUCGCAUCUUCUUCUCUCUCUCUCUCCCAAUUUCUCUCUUCUCUCUAUCAUCUUAUAUACAUUUUCUUCUCUUUUUUCCUCUUUACUUUUUCUUCUUCUUUUAUAUAUAUCACAUAUUAUAUAUUAGUUUGAAUUGUUUGAAAAACAGAGAAAAAAAAGUAACCAUGUCUCUAAGUGGUGAUAAUGUGGAUAUUCUUGGUGAUAUGUAUUACAAGUUUCUAGUUCAUGACUGCAUGUGGUCUGGUGGUACCUGUAAAGAGGAUAAUACACACGAAACAACUAAUAAAUUCAGUGAUUUUAGUUAUUUUUCAACAUCACCCGUUUAUGGUUCAAUAUUUGACAUUUUCAAUAUAGAUGAUGAAAACAGUUUAGGUGAAAUUAAUUGUGACCCUGAAUACGAUACAUCUGAUCAAGAUGAUUCACCUCUUAGUGGUCUUUCAGCUGAAGAUACCGAACCUGUAGAAGAUGAUAAUAAUUUAUUAAAUCCUUCUUGUUCUUCAUCUCCUACACCUUCAACUUCUUCAUCUAUUUCAACUUUAACCGGAUCAACUAUUAUUACACCAACCGGCUUACCAGUAGCAGCAGAUUGUUCAAUAAUUAAACCAACAACUUCUAGAGCAACAUUAACCGGCAAAUCAACCGGCUCAAAUAAAUCAACUUUAUCCUCCAAAGCAACUAAAUCAGCAAGUUCAAAAGUCAAUUCAGUAAACUCUAAAUUGACAUUAUCAGCAGCAGCAGCAUCAACAUCAACAGCAAGAGCAACAACUUCAACCGCCAAUUCACUAGUUACCCCGACAAUCUCACCAAUAGCUACAAUUUCACCAACUUCAAUCGCAAAUUCACCAAUUAUUUCAACAACAACAACUACUACUACCACCAAUAACCUGACACCAUCUACAUCAUCAGUAACACCAACAGCAGCUAUACCAAUAAAUGCUAACCUCACCGUUGCCUCAAAUUCAUCUUCUUCUUCUUCAAUCCUUAAAAGUACGGGUAAAGCACGAAAUCCUAAAUCAUUAUAUCCUGAACGUAGAAAAGAACAUAAUAAUUCAGAGAAAAAACGACGAGAUCAUCUAAGGAACGCAUUCAAUCAUCUUAGAGAUCAAAUACCCAAAUUAAAGGACGGAGAGAAAAAGGCUGCGCGGGUAACCAUUCUAAAAGAGUCUGUAUCAUAUGUAACUCUUUUAAAGGAGAAACAUCGCUACCUAGAACGAACCAAGAACGCUGAGACAAUUAAGCAUGAAAAUCUAUUGAAAAGACUUAAAAUGCUUCAAUCUAGUACUGGUGCUAGUAUAAGCUUUAAUAAUAACAACAAUUCUAAUAUUAAUAAUAAUAAUAAUAAUAACGAUUUAAACGUCGUCUAUGUUCAAUGUAAUUCUUCAACAGUUUGUUAAAUGGCAUUAAAAUUAAGAUUAUACCCUUACCACCAUCAAAA